AUGGAUUCCCAGCGGGAACUCACAGAGGAACUGCGGCUUUACCAAUCCACCCUUCUUCAGGAUGGUCUAAAAGAUCUCCUGGAAGAAAAAAAAUUCAUCGAUUGCACCCUAAAAGCAGGUGACAAAAGUCUUCCUUGUCACAGAUUGAUUUUGUCAGCUUGUAGUCCUUACUUCCGUGAGUAUUUUUUAUCUGAAAUUGAUGAGGGGAAAAAAAAGGAGGUAGUAUUAGAUAAUGUGGAUCCUGCUGUGCUGGAUUUAAUCAUCAAGUACCUGUACUCUGCCAGUAUUGAUCUCAACGAUGGAAACGUGCAAGAUAUCUUUGCCUUGGCCAGCCGCUUUCAGAUCCCCUCGGUGUUCACUGUCUGUGUUUCUUAUCUUCAGAAAAGACUUGCUCCUGGUAACUGUCUAGCCAUCUUAAGAUUAGGACUUCUUCUUGACUGCCCAAGACUCGCUAUCUCUGCCCGUGAAUUUGUGUCUGAUCGCUUUGUACAGAUUUGUAAGGAAGAGGACUUUAUGCAACUAUCUCCGCAGGAACUGAUCUCAGUCAUUUCAAAUGACAGCCUAAAUGUGGAGAAGGAAGAAGCAGUAUUUGAGGCGGUGAUGAAAUGGGUGCGAACAGACAAGGAAAACAGGGUCAAAAACCUUAGUGAAGUGUUUGAUUGUAUCCGUUUUCGCCUUAUGACAGAAAAAUAUUUUAAAGAUCAUGUUGAGAAAGAUGAUAUAAUUAAAAGCAACCCAGAACUCCAGAAAAAAAUCAAAGUUCUCAAAGAUGCCUUUGCAGGUAAACUCCCAGAACCCAGCAAAAAUGCAGAGAAGGCUGGGGCUGGGGAGGUGAAUGGUGAUGUUGGUGAUGAAGAUUUACUUCCUGGUUACCUGAAUGACAUUCCCAGGCAUGGAAUGUUUGUCAAAGAUCUCAUCCUCUUGGUGAAUGACACAGCUGCCGUGGCUUAUGAUCCCACAGAAAAUGAGUGCUACCUCACUGCGCUUGCUGAACAGAUUCCCCGAAAUCAUUCUAGCAUAGUUACCCAACAAAAUCAGGUGUAUGUGGUCGGAGGACUAUAUGUGGAUGAAGAAAAUAAAGAUCAACCUCUACAGUCCUACUUCUUCCAGCUUGAUAACAUAGCAUCUGAAUGGGUUGGACUUCCACCUCUGCCAUCAGCCAGGUGUCUCUUCGGUCUGGGAGAGGUAGAUGACAAAAUCUAUGUAGUUGCAGGCAAAGACCUUCAAACAGAGGCUUCGCUGGAUUCAGUAUUAUGCUAUGAUCCCGUGACUGCAAAGUGGAAUGAAGUUAAGAAACUGCCUAUCAAAGUCUAUGGCCAUAGUGUCAUUUCACAUAAGGGAAAUAUAUAUUGUCUCGGAGGAAAGACAGAUGACAAAAAGUGUACAAACAGAGUGUUUAUCUACAACCCAAAAAAAGGAGACUGGAAAGAUCUGGCUCCAAUGAAAACCCCUCGUUCCAUGUUCGGAGUGGCCAUACAUAAGGGCAAGAUUGUGAUUGCAGGAGGCGUCACCGAAGAUGGUCUUUCAGCUUCAGUAGAAGCUUUUGACCUCAUAACCAACAAAUGGGAAGUAAUGACUGAAUUUCCCCAAGAGAGAAGUUCCAUCAGUUUGGUCAGCCUGGCUGGAUCCCUGUAUGCCAUCGGUGGUUUUGCCAUGAUUCAGCUGGAGUCUAAAGAGUUUGCACCCACUGAAGUCAAUGACAUAUGGAAGUAUGAAGAUGAUAAAAAAGAAUGGGCUGGGAUGUUGAAGGAAAUACGUUAUGCUUCAGGAGCUAGUUGCCUAGCAACACGUUUAAACCUUUUCAAACUGUCUAAACUAUAAACUGGGAGGUG